AUGGCGGAAAUAUCACAUACCAAACCACAAAUCGCUCAUGAGGAAAAUAUAGGCCAUCAACUUGCGAGCAAUCAUGAAACAGAUUGGGUUCAAAAGCAGGCGCCUGAUGGCGACGUAGCUAUGGCUCUUUUUACUGAUCCAGAUGCGCUUGACGAGCCUGUUGAUCCGGCGGAAGUAAGAAAGCUACUGUGGAAAAUUGACUUCAUGAUCCUGCCAUAUCUUGCCGUUUGCUAUGCCUUCUUUUACAUCGACAAGACAACACUGAGCUACGCAGCAAUUUUUGGAAUUGAGGAAGACCUCAAUCUCCAUGGCACACAAUAUAGCUGGCUAUCAAGUAUCUUCUACUUCGGUUUUCUGGCUUGGGCAUUUCCCACCAACUUUCUUCUGCAACGCUUACCAAUUGGAAAGUAUCUUGGUGCCAAUAUCUUCAUGUGGGGAGUAUUUCUCAUUAUACAGGCAGCAUGCCAUAACUUCGCAACGCUCGCUGUCUUGCGAGCCCUAGGUGGUGCAGCAGAGGCGUGCUCGGACCCUGCUUUCAUGCUCAUCACUAGUAUGUGGUAUACGCGACGUGAACAGCCGGUACGCUUAGGAUUAUGGUACACCGCCAACGGCUUGGGAAUCGCACUUGGUGGUCUUCUUGGCUAUGGAAUUGGACAUAUCAGAGGUGCCCUUCCUUCGUGGAAGUACGAAUUCAUCGUAAUUGGAUCUCUUUGUGCGGCCUGGGGAAUAGUCAUGUUCAUCAUCCUGCCUGAUUCGCCAGUCACUGCGCCGCUUCUCACCAAGCGGCAGCGGCGAAUCGCAGUGGAAAGAGUGCGGGAAAACCAGACGGGUAUCGAGAAUAAGCAUAUCAAGCCGCAUCAGAUCUGGGAAGCAUUCACGGACUACAAGCUCUACUUUUUCUUUUUCUUGGGUGUAGUUUGUAACAUUCCCAACGGUGGCAUCUCGAACUUUGGAACCAUUAUCAUCCAAGGAUUUGGAUUCUCGACUCUUGUGACAACCUUGAUGCAGAUCCCUUAUGGAGUCAUAAUUGCACUAUCCAUCCUCCUCUGCGUCUACCUCAACGACCGCUUCGAGAACAGGCGUUGCAUCUUCAUCUUGAUCUUCCUCCUCCCGAACAUUGCAGGAGCAUUUGGGCUACGCUUCGUCCCACAGCAUGUCAAGGUCGGCCGCUUGAUUUGCUACUACUUGACGGGGCCAUACAAUGCUGCCUUCGUGCUGAUUCUUAGUAUGCAAAUCGCAAACACAGCCGGACACACGAAAAAAGUCGUCACCAACGCAGUCCUCUUCCUAGGCUACUGUACCGGUAACAUCGCAGGUCCUUUCUUCUACAAAGAGAGUCAGAAGCCAACAUAUGAUCUGGGAAUCUGGUCAAUGAUCGUCUGCCACCUUAUCGAAGUCGUGCUCAUUUCCGCGCUCGGUCUUCUGCUUCGUUGGGAGAACAAACGCCGUGAUCGAAUCCAGUCUCAGAUGGCUGGUGGUCUGGAGGGGAGAGAUUUGGAUUCCACUGCCUUUCUGGAUUUGACGGAUCGGGAGAAUCUCAAGUAUGACCCUUUCCCCCUUCUCCCAUACACGGUCUGCUAUGCUUUCGGUAUAUUUACUAGAAAUACAUUCUUUAUCUCUGCAGUUAGUCUUCCGUCGGUGGCUAUCUGA